AUGGAAGGUGGAAAUGAAGCUGCGGAGACUCUUGAGCAAAAUAGCCAUCAACAAACACAAGAACCUAGUACUUCUACUGUUCCCCCAUUUGUUCCUGGUGAAUCUCCUGAAGAAGAUGACGCCGACUCUGGCGAAUAUGACCCAGAAUACGACCCGGAGUCUGUCGUCAUGUCCACUACAGUUACACCAGCUCCCCAAGCAACUGCAACACAUCCCCCGCCUCCCGCAAAUGCCACCACCUCUUCUCCUCGUCCGACCAAGAAGCCCAAGAAGGCUGGCGGAUUCAUAGUUGGCUCCUCUGACGACGAAGAUGAAGAUACUCCAGCCCCUACUCCAGCCCCUGUUCCACAGCCAUCACCUGCUGCCACACUACAGCCCCAGCCUAUACAGGCUGCCGCUGAGGGCCCAGCGCCUGCCUUUUCGCAUUCUCCCCUUCAGCAGACUGCGCUUUCUCAGGUUGUUCCUGCUGCUGCUGCUGCUGCUAGUGUGCCUGCCCCUCAAGUGAGUAAUGGACAAACAAGUAGUACACAUCUACCUACGGACAUCGUGAGCAUUCUCGAGGACCGUCUUAAGAAUGAUCCUCGCGGGGAUAUGGACGCUUGGUUGGCAUUGAUCGAGGAAACACGGAGGCGUAAUGUAAUCCAGGACUCCCGGUCGGUUUACGAGCGAUUCCUUGAGAACUUCCCUCAAUCGGCUGAAGUUUGGGUCCAAUACCUGCAAUUGGAGCUUAGUCUCGACAACUUUGGAGAGGCCGAGAACAUAUUUCAGCGAACUCUGACCACCAUAGUCGAUGUACAGCUCUGGACUGCCUAUCUUGACUACGUCCGCCGCCGGAAUGAUCUCAACGACACCACUGGCGCCGCCCGCCAGACCGUUAACGCAGCGUACGACUUUGUCCUCGACAAUGUUGGACAGGAUCGUGAAUCCGGUAGAAUAUGGCAAGAUUACAUCCAAUUCCUCAAGAUCAGCCCCGGCCAGGUCGGUGGAAGUGGCUGGCAAGACAUGCAAAAGGUCGACACCUUGAGAAAGGCAUACCAGCGUGCCAUUUGCAUUCCCAUUUCCAAUCUCAACCAGCUUUGGAAAGAGUACGACCAGUUCGAGCUGGGCAUCAACAAAGUCGCGGGCCGUAAGUUCCUCCAGGAGAGAUCGCCGGCAUACAUGUCAGCCCGCAGUGCAAAUACUCAGCUCGACACUGUUACACGUGGUCUCAACCGAACCUCGAUCCCUCGUCUGCCACCUGCACCCGGGUUUGAGGGCGAUCUCGAAUUCAAUGCACAAGUCGAACUGUGGAAGAAAUGGAUAGCUUGGGAAAAGAGUGACCCAUUGGUUUUGAAGGAUGAUGAGCCAGAGACCUUCAAAUCCCGGAUCAUCUAUGUUUACAAGCAGGCAUUGAUGGCUCUUCGCUUCUGGCCGGAGCUGUGGGUCGAGGCUGCUGAAUGGUGUUUUGAGCAGAAGAUCUUGGCCAAGGACGGUAAUGAUGAAGGCCUGCUAUUUCUGUCACAGGGCGUCGCUGCGAACCCAGAGAGCACUCUUCUGGCUUUGAAGCACGCCGAUCAUAUCGAAUCAACUCACCCAGCCGGAGAAGGCGACGCUGGCAAGCUCGCUUUGAGUCAAGCUGUGCGUGUUCCUUACGACCAGGCACUUACAUCACUGUACGCCCUGAUGAAAAAGCUCAAGGAACGUGAGACGGCAGCGAUCAAGAGUAUCGAGAACGAUCCUUAUUUUACAGUAGCCGCCGACCAAGAAGAAGACGACGAGGGCGAGGUUUCUGAAAAUUCGGCAAGAGACAACGCCAAGAAGGACAGGAUUAAGGCAGUUCAGGAUGGGUUCGCAGUGCAGAUUCACAUGUUGAAGCAGCAAAUCUCUCAUCUAUGGAUAGCUUUGGCGCGUGCGUUCCGACGUAUUCAAGGUCAAGGCAAGGCCACUAGCCGCGAAGCACCAUCCACAGGAGUACGCCAGAUCUUUACCGAAGCCCGACAACGAGGACAACUUACCAGCGACGUUUAUGUGGCGAUUGCUCACAUUGAGUGGGACAUUUAUCAGGAUCCAGUAGCCACCAAGAUCUUUGAGCGUGGCGCCAAGUUAUUCCCAGAGGAUGAGCACUUCGUUGUCGCGUAUCUGAAGCAUCUGCAUUCUCGACAUGACACAACCAACGCACGUGUUGUAUUCUCUCAAACUGUGAAGAAGUUCAAGGAGAAGCCUGAACUCGUACUGAAGCUUAAGCCGCUUUACGCCUACUUUCACAAGUAUGAAGCCACGUUUGGCGAACUUGCGCAGAUCAAGGACCUCGAAAAGCAAAUGGCAGAGAGUUUCCCCGAAGACCCGACUCUAUCUCAUUUCGCGGCUCGCUUCUCCUCAGACAGAUUCAAUCCAAUCGCUGCCAGAGUAAUCAUCUCGCCAGCCGCGCAGAUGCGUCCCAAGCACAUCAUGCAAUCUGUCGAGCAGAUGCCAGGUUCCAUGCGCGGUAGCCCUCACCCUUCUGUACUUGCGGAUCGAAGUCCUCGACCGCAAUUUUUACCGGCAGUCAACUCUCCUAAGCGACCUUUCCAGCCAGAUGACGAUGAUGUUAACCCUCCAAGAAAAGUGGCACGAGGAGUGUCGCCGCUUAAAGGUGCGGCAGGCCGCCGUUUGGACCAACAACGUCGAGCUCAAGGUCAAGGCGUGGUCACUUCCACAGGCCCUGCCCCCAUCUCGCGCGAUAUCACUUUUCUACUUGGUCUCAUACCCCCAUCGCAACAAUACGCAGCACCUCGUUACAAGCCUGAUGGCAUGGUACGUAUCCUCAGGGAUACAGUGGUGCCCGACUUCAACGAUUGGAAGGCAUCGAAUCAAGGCGCACGUCAUAGCCGCCAAGUCUCUUCAGAAUUCGCUUCUUAUUCGUUACCCGCUGGAGGACGUAACAGUCCGUUCAUGACUGCCGGUUCAGGCACAUUUCAGCCACCAAUGACUAAUGAAGCAAAUCCUGCAAACUUUUACUCUGGCGCAUUCCCAUACAACAUGGGCCAGCAACCAGGUAUUCCACAAUACCAUCCCUUUAGGCAGGGUUGA